AGAUGACCCUUGUCUUUAAGGCGUCAAACACAAAGUACAAGAAUGUGUUGGCUCAAAUUACUCUGUAUAUCCAGCCUGUCAACGACGAGGUGCCACAACUGAUCAACCUUCCGUAUUCCUUCAAAAUCCCAGAGAAUCUUGUCCAGGCAAAUUCAAAGUGGUUAGGGACACUGGUGAAGUUCAAGUAAAUACUGGUGAUUUAGAUCGAGAUGGCGGCCUCAUCGAGUCAGCUAGCGGCAUCUGCCGGAUAACUGUUCAGGCGACGGAAAAAACAACCCAUCCCCAGACAGCCAAUGCUCGGUACACGGCGGACGUAAACGUGACAAUCACAGUACAGGAUGUUGAUGAUAAUAGGCCACGUUUUUCCUUUCCCACCUACAACGCAUCUGUUGACGAAAACACUCAGAAUUUAGUACCGAUCGAUUUACCCACAAAGAUAGAAGUCUCUGACAAAGAUCAGGGUGCCAAUGCCAAGUUCACAGUUCAGAUCACCACAGAUCAAAGAGAAAAUUUUGAAGUCUCACCAACAGAAGGGCAGUCGAAAAGCAACUUCAUAAUUCGAGUGAAAAACUCAACAUAUCUCGACUUCGAGAAGAGACAGACUGUGACAAUCAAGCUUGUCGCCCAGGGACCUUCACCUUCUGGUUGGAACGCGACGGCUGAUGUGGUUUUACACAUUCGUAAUGUCAAUGACUACAGCCCUCAAUUCAAGCAAACUACGAUUAUGGGAGAUGUGGAGGAAAAUUCUCCGAAUGGUACUUCUGUGACAACAGUUAAGGCAGACGAUGGUGAUAAAGAGGAUGGUCGCGGCUUCUCGAAGGUUACUUAUCACUUCCAGAAGCCUUCAAAUACUUUUAAGAUUGACAACAAGACAGGCCAGAUAACUGUCGCUGGGGGUUUAGACCGAGAGAAGAGAGACGUAUACUACCUGACAGUGAUUGCUGUUGAUGGAGGAGACAGAAGUACUUCUGCUCAGCUUCAGGUGAAAGUAACAGAUCAAAAUGACGAGGCUCCAGUGUUUAGCUCAGAUGUCUAUGAGACUUCCCUCAAAGAAGGAGAAUAUGUGUUUUCCCAUCAGAUCACAGUUCAUGCAAAUGAUGGUGAUCAAGAAGGCACGAAUAACUCAAAAGUCUUCUACAAAAUUGAAUCUUCAAUCCCAUCGAGUGUGAUCACGCAGUUUCAUUUGGAUCAGGCAAGUGGUCUUUUGACAGUCAAAACACCCCUGAAGUAUGAGGAGGUCCAGUUCACCAAAGAUGAGGAGGGCAGGAUUUCACUUAAUAUUUCUGCUACAGAUAAUGGUAUUCCCCCCAAAAAGAACUUCACUACAGUGUCUGUUCAGUUACAGGAUGUGAAUAAUCAGAGUCCGUCUUGUGAACAAAUGAGCUACAGUGUGCAGAUUCCAGAGAAUGUGUCUGCAUCUUACAUCGUUCAGCACAUAAAUGCCACAGAUGAGGACAAAACAUCGCCAAAUAAUUUGACUGUUUUCCGCAUUGAUGAUAAGAGUGUCGAAGUAUUCAGUAUUGACUUGAAUGGGACUUUGUCAGUGAGAGGGAUUCUGGACAGAGAGACCAUACCCCACUAUGAUAUCAUAGUUACAGUCUCUGACUUGGGUAACCCAUCACUCAGUGGGUCCUGUUUUGUGAGUGUGAAUGUGACAGAUGUCAAUGAUUCCCCACCUACUUUUGACCAGAGACAAAUGUCAAAAUCUAUUCAGGAAAAUAAAAAGUUUGACUUAUCCUGCCAUGCAAGUGAUGAUGACAACAAUUCUGAUCUUGUAUACACAAUUGACUGGGACAAGAGCACAGGAAAAGAUGGUGGGAAUAAAGAUGUAACUACUGAGAUAUUAAAGAAAUUCUUUGAAAUACCAGAUAUUGGUACCUGCAGAAUUGUUUCAAAGAUAAAUUUGGAUCGGGAGCAGCUCAGUCAGGUGUCUCUUGCUGUUUCUGUGCAAGACCUCAAUGGUAUAGAAUAUCAGGUGGACACAGCUCAUCUUUCCAUUUCUGUUGAGGAUGAAAAUGAUGAAACCCCAACUUUCAACAGUCAUACUUUCAUGGCAUCAAUAAGGGAAAAUUCUCCUGUUGGAAGCUCUAUUCAGUUUCACUCACCAGAUUCUAUGAUAGUCAAGGAUAAGGAUAAGGGUAAUAACAGCUUUUUUAAAGUUGAGCUUCUGACAUACUCGGACAUAUUCAAGCUCACACCUGAGGAAGGACAGUCAGACCUGACGGUUUCCAUAACAGUAGCUGACCAAGAUAAAAUAGAUUUUGAGAAACAAAAUGAAUUGACGCUUAAAAUUGUUGCUGUUGAAACCAAGACAAAUGAGAAGCAAAACAGUACUACUUCUGUGACUGUGAAAAUUAUCAAUGAAAAUGACAACAUGCCCAAGUUCAGUGAUGGACCGUUUGACGCACACAUUCAAGAGCCUGGACUGACAGCACAUUGCUAUAUCACUCUAAAUGCCACAGAUAAAGAUCUUGGUGACAACAUCACAUUCUCCUUGAAAGAUGACUCAAACAAGUUCCAGAUUGACCCAGUGUCAGGCUGUGUUUCUCUGAAAAGCUCGGACCUAGAUCGUGAGACCACCAGCACUUACUCAAUAACCGUCAUGGCAGAAGACGAUGGUGGCUUCAAGGAUACAAGUCAACUCACAGUUCAUGUGCUUGAUGCGAAUGAUGAGCCUCCUGUCUUUACCUCCUCCCUUUACAAUGCCAGCAUUGAUGAAGGAAGUACAACUUUCAUUCCGGCUUUGAAAGUACAAGCUACAGAUGAUGAUGAGCCUGGCAGCCCCAACAGUGAGGUGACCUAUGAGUUGCUAAAUGCUAGACCAAGCCAGUUGUUUAGAAACUUCUCGAUAGGUGGCAGAGAUGGUGAAAUUUGUUUACUGGCUCCACUGGAUUUUGAAGAAUUUGACUCUGUCACUUUAGUCAUCAGAGCUUCUGACAAUGGCACCCACAAACUGGAAACAAACGCAAGCGUCAUUAUUACUGUGAAAGAUAUAAAUGACGAAGUUCCCAAAUUUCUGCAAAGUGUGUAUGUUUCCAGUGUUGCUGAAAACAGUACGAAAGGAACUUUUGUGGCCAAUGUCACAGCAACAGAUGCUGACGCUAGUGAGCCAAACAAUGUGAUCAGCUACACCAUUGACACACUCAGCAAAACAAAGUUUAGCAUCAAUGAAUCCACUGGAGAGAUUUCCAUCAAAGCAGCUCUGGAUCGUGAACAGAAAGACUCUUAUACAAUCACUGUGACAGCCAGAGACUAUGGACAGCCCAUGCAGACCUCAACAGCAUCAGUCAAUGUCAGUGUCACAGAUGUGAAUGAUUCUCCUCCAAGGUUUAAAAAUGAUAAGAGAAAGAUCUCGAUUCCAGAAAAUACUGCCAAUCUCACCAUACAACAGUUCACAGUUUCAGACCCGGACAAGGACCACCAGUUACAAUGUAACAUUGCUUGGGAAGAAAGUUCUUAUGUUGACGGAAUGGGACAAUUUUUUCAAGGACAAAACUUUAGUAAUAUUGUCACCAUCGAUAAGAACAGCUGUGAAGUUAAAGCAGUUAAGGAACUGGAUAGAGAAAAGCUUCAACAGUUCACUCUCAGUGUUGUAGUCACUGACCUUAAAGGCGAUCCAUCUACACAACAGAAUGCUACUGCUUCGUUGGAGGUCUCUGUUUUAGACAAGAAUGAUAACCCACCUAAAUUUGAAGGUGGUGACAGAUUUGUGGCACAGAUUCCUGAAAAUAGACCUAAGGGUACAGAGGUUGUGUUUGUCAAUGGUACCCGACUGGUUGUCAAAGAUAUUGAUGAAAAAGAAAACAGCCUCUAUGAGAUAGUUCUGAGCAAUGGUUCAGGCUUUGCGAUAUCCCCUAAAGAGGGUAACGGUGUUACGCCUUGUAGAAUCAUUGUUGAGGACCCUACCAGGCUUGACUUUGAAAAGAAUGAAAGCAUCACGUUUGAAGUAACAGCCAUAGAAAAAACAUCAAAAAGGACACAAAGAAAAAGAAACAGCACUGCUAGCAUCACUGUGCUCAUUAUCAAUGAAAAUGACAAUGUGCCUACAUUUGAGAAGUCAUCAUACACUGCAUAUGUUCCUGAGAACAGUCCGUCUUUUUACAGUAUUACAACUCUUAAGGCAAACGAUGAUGACAAAGGAGACUUUGGCAUUGUUAAAUACAGCAUUAAUGAACAAACAUCCUUGUUCUCCAUCAGCGAGUCAACAGGAGAAGUGCAACUAAACUGCAGUGCACAACAAUUCUGUCGUGACAGAGAGACAAAGUCAUCAUAUACUGUGACUGUCAAAGCUCAAGAUAGUGGCCUAUUUGAGAACACAGCUCAGCUCACAGUCACUGUCACUGAUGUCAAUGAUAACACACCCCAGUUUGAGAUGGCUUCCAGAAAGACUGAGAUACCAGAGGGGAAGACCGUUUUCCCUAUUCCUUUCUUUUUACGGGCAAAGGAUGCUGAUGAGAUUGGUACCAACAACAGUGUUGUUGUGUACAGCAUAUUGUCAGUCCCCAACAUAACCAAAGGAGCCUUUGAUGUUAAUACUACUUCUGGGCAGCUAAUGAUGAAUAAGGCUUUAGAUUAUGAAGAAGUAAUGAAGGAAUAUGACAAUGGAUGCCUCUCUCUGAAAGUCUCGGCCCAAGACCUCGGGUCACCAAGUAAAAACUCCUCUGAAAGGAUAACAGUUUGCAUCACAGAUGUCAAUGAUGUCUGUCCUGUCUUCUAUCAGACCAUGUACAAUGGCACUGUGAAAGAAAAUUCUAAACAAGGUACCCAUGUGGUAAAAGUGGAAGCCCAGGACGAUGACGGAACUUAUCCCAACAAUGGAACAAAAUUUGCAAUACAAUCUGGAGGACAGGAUAAAUUUCAGAUCAACAGCACAAGUGGUGAAAUCAGUGUCAGUGUGGGGGCUCAGCUGGACAGAGAAACUGACCCUUCCUUUACUUUAAAAGUGUUAGCUAUUGACCGAGGUAUCCCACCAAACACUGCCAUAGCAACUGUGAGUAUCACUGUGGAAGAUGUCAAUGAUGUAGACCCAGUCUUCGCACAGUCAGUCGUUGAGCACUCGGUGAAGGAGGAUGCUUGUGAAAACCACUCAAUUGUACAGCUGAAUGCCACAGAUGAGGACAGCAAUCCCAAUUUGGUCUACUCUAUUGACUGGAGAGAAUCAAGGGCUUAUAGUGAGAGAGAUCAACAGGUUGACAUCUUGAAAGUGGAGAACUGGAUAUCAGUGGACAAUCACUCUGGACUCUUGUAUGUGACUUCUUCGGUCCUAGACAGAGAAUGUGCUGAGAAGCUGCUUCUUAAAGUCAUUGUUAAUGACAGUAAUGCUGAACAGAAUGGACCUCAGUUGGCAACUGCAACUGUUACUAUCAAAAUUGAAGAUGUCAAUGACAAUGCUCCUGUCAUCAAUGAAGGCCAAAGUUUGACUCUGAAUAUUUCGGAGGCCACACGGAAUGGAACAGAGAUCUACACUUUCUCGGCCACCGAUGCUGACAAAGCACAGAGGGUUAAUUUUACUGUUGCUGACACAAGCUUUUUCCAAAUUACUCAUUCUGGGAAGGUUUCUAUUAAAAAAUUGCUGGACAGAGAGAAAAAUGCCACAAUGCACUUCAUCGUCAUCGCCACUGAUAAUGGAGUACCGCCCUUGUCUUCAAACACAACUGUCUUUGUCAAUGUAUUGGACAGUAAUGACAACGAUCCAGAAAUUAAAGGAAGCACUAUUUUCUAUGUUCCUGAAUCAUCCGACAACACAACUCUAGUAGCAAAAAUUAAUGCCUCUGAUGCUGAUGCAGGUGACAACGCAAAUGUCACAUUUCUUUUCAAGGAAUACCCCCCGUUCAGAAUCAACCCAAUAACUGGUCAAAUCUUUGUGAAUGGCACACUGGAUAGAGAGAAGAAAGAAAGCUAUACAGUGACUGUGAUUGCUAGGGAUAAUCCUCUGCUGGAACAGAGUCGACGGUCAGCAGUCAGUGUGACUAUUAAACUUGAAGACGUGAACGACAAUUCCCCUGUUUUUGGUCAAAGCAGCUAUACCAGUGAUGUGGAGGAAACAAGACCUAUCAAUAAAGUUAUACAAAUUGACCCUCGCGCCAUCUCUGCACAAGAUGCAGACAUUGGAGUCAACGCAAACUUUUCAUACUCUUUUCACGACCCAGACAACACUUACUUUCAGAUUGACCCAGCCUCUGGUGUCAUAAGUGUCAGAGAAUCUUUGCUGAAUCUUUCUGGAGUUUACAGAUACACUGUCAAAGCCACUGACCAUGGUAGCCCUUCCCAGUCAGGAAAUACAAAUGUAACCAUCACAAUACAUGAUGAGAAUCUCUUUGACCCUCAGUUCACCAAUGAUGGCCCCAUUCCUUCGAUCCCAGAGUGCGCGAAGAAAGACAGUUUCGUGUAUCAAUUUACUGCAAAGGAUGAUGAUAGAGAGUUGGAAACGAAUGCUGCUGUUCGAUUCAGACUUGACAAUACGACAAAGGCUGAUGAUUGGAAAAAGUUUCGUAUUGAUGAGAUGACUGGAAAACUUUAUGUGAUUGAACCACUGGACAAGGAAACCAAAAGUCAUUUGUAUAUAAAAGUGGUUGCCUAUGAUCUGGGCAAACCGAGCUCUCGCUCUGCAUCCACCAAAACACUGGACAUUGAAGUGAGUGAUGUCAAUGACAACCCUCCAAAGUUUCCUGCAGACUUGAAGACCACUUUUGAAGUGGAAGAGAACAAUGUGACCAAGUAUGUUGGAAGAGUGCAAGCGCAAGACAGGGAUCAGAGUGCUCGUCUCAUAUACAACAUAACAGAUAUGAGGCCAAACGACUACCGAGAUCACUUUAUGAUUGACAAGGAUUCAGGAAAGAUCUGUUUGUCGAAGCCUCUUGAUCGUGAAACCCAUCCUGACGUAAUGCUGACAGUCACAGUUAAAGACAUGGAUAUCUCCCAUGAAGAAGACAUGUGCCCUGACUUCAGUUCAAACAUCAAGAACUCAGACAAUGUGGAAGUAAAAAUCACAGUGUUGGAUGUUGAUGACAGUCCCCCUGUAUUCUCCCUUCGCCAUUUAACAAAAGGUUAUUUGUCCAGCACGGAAUUUGGCAAGACUAUAUUUACUUUGACGGACUUUGUGGAGGACAAGGAUACUGCUAAGUAUAGAGUCCAUCAGUUUCAUAAAGUGGGUGAUCUGGAACUGGAUGAGUCUCUGUCUAAGAGUUGGGUCGACAAACAGAAACCUGACCCUGUGCUCCUGUCCAGCAAUGGGUCCAUCACCACCAAUGUAAAGUUCAAUGAUGAUGCCUCCGGGGCAUUCACAUUGAUAGUAACAGUCAGUGAUCAUGCUGGAAAUGACACCAUUCCGGUCAAGAUAUAUGUUGUUGGUGAUUCUCAAGCUGUACGAAUGACUUUCUUCCAAAGUGAAGAGCAACUCAGGCGGAUACAGUUUCCCCUUACAAAAGAAUUUGAUCAACUUGGUUACGAAUUUGUGCCAGAUAACAUUCAACCCAAGUAUAAUCAGGACCGUAGUGUGGAUGGAUCCAAGUCAGUCCUUGUCGUCCAUGCUGUUGACAAAGAUGGAAACAUUGUUGAUGGUUCGACUCUGAUUGGGGAACUGGACAGAAUGGAUAUAAAACUGAAACUGAAGUUGCAAGACCAGUACAAAUUUCUUGAAACAAAGGUUGGGAAAGAUACUUUUGAAGUAACUUCAAAUGACAAGAGAACAGAGUACAUCCUGAUUGCUGUCAUUGCUGCCAUCGCCAUCACUUUUGUCAUCACUUUGUAUUUCAUGAUCCAUAACAUUCGAAGGUUCAAGCACAAACUGAAAGCUGCAACAAUAGAGGUUCAUGCCCUUGAGCCAGUAAAACAAGAUAGAUUCCCAGGCCUGGACAAUGAUCACCUAAGAGAGGCAAAUCCUGUGUUCAUGCGAGAUGAUCUGACCCUUGGUGACUCCAUGUAUGAUUAUCCUCACAGUGAUGCAUCAAGCCAUUCAUCACAGAACUCCUUGGAUGAGAAUGAGAUUAAUGCUCCUGAGGAAAGGAAGAAGAGUGUUGGGUAUGAUGAGCAAGAGAUCACUCUCAACAUCUAUGGGCAAGAUCCGACAGAAGGUGACAUGUCUAACCUCCCAAAGGCCCUCUAUUAUCUCAACUCUGCUUUUGAAGGGGAAGAAAAACAGAUACAGAGGAGCCCCGGUGCUGACCUCAGUGAAGAUGAACAAGCUAUGGAAAGUGACUCACGCGUUCAGGCAGUGCAGAGACAUCGUCGUAAUUUGGGCAUAGAUAUGCCCAAGGACAGUGACCAGACUUUAGAUUUUGAUCUUGAUGAACUUGAGACAACAGAUAUUUAACUUCAAGCCUUUUCCUCCCAGUGCCUCCAGGCCUCAGAUUCUUUCAUUUAGAUACGGUUGAACUUGUCCAAGAUGGCCAUCCGUUAGUGGGGAGAAAAGUGGUUGUCCUAAACAGGUGGACGUCUUAUACAAUAUCAUUAUAAUGUAGAAAAAAACCACAAGGGGAAUGACGUUGUCGUUUAUUCAGGGGAUUGUCGGGGACAGGUGGCCAUUAGAGCAGGUUUGACUGUAUUUCUGUUAAUUGAACACCUGCAGAAUUCAGUUCAUUUUACAAAGAUUUUCAGUACGGUAUAUUCCUACAGUGCCAUGUGGACAUAUUGCUUAGAUAUAUGGAUAGUGGAGGAACUGCAGCAUUGUUCAGGAGAAUUUCUUUUGGAAUAAAAUGUUUGUGGUAAUGAAGAUAUAAAACAUGAAGUGUGAUGUGAAACGUGAGAAUAUCAUUGUUUAUAAAAUCUAGGGUUGGUUGUUCUGGUAACUGCAGUUUUCUACAUUGCAUCAUCAGGCGUUGUCAUAUUUGACCCAAGCUACCUUAAUCACAGAAGUUAAUGUCUUUUUUUGUGAUUAUUUGCAGUCUGCUCAAACUGAAAUCUUUGGAACCACUGGAUUUUCUUCGAUUUAGCCACGAAAUUUCACUUUGAAAGUUUUUUUUCUUAUCUACCUCUUUCAGUUACAGUGGAAUCCACUUAUAACGAGUCCUGAAUAACGAGAAGUCUGUUAUAAAG